AACUCGUCUUACCGCGCCGUGCUGUUGGGGAACUAGCUAGACUUGUCUGUAUAAAUACGACUGGGACUUUUAAGACUAACUAGUAUAUAUUUCAUUCGCCUUCCCCUCUUUUGCGAACUCUGUCGUGCUCUCUCCGCCUUUGACUUCCCCAAUUAAUCAUUCCAUACCGGUCUCAGCGAUCGUACCACCGCUUCUUACAUCUCUCCUUUUACUCUACUUUUCAUCUCUUCUACGUUUUCGAAUUUUGUACCGUUGGACUUCCAUUCUGGACUAUCGGUCGGAAAGGUUUUUCUUCUUUCUCGGCGACAAUUCUUUUCUGUCUCGGGAACGCUUCGGCUUUCCGUCCACACGUUUUUCCCCACGGGGUUUUUACUCGUCUUGUCUUUGUGCAUCCGCCAUCCUUCACAUCUGACGUGCGAACAAGACAUCCCACCUCUUGGCCUAUUCCGUGUCCAUGGCCUACUUCCUCGAUUUACUAGCAUCUCUCUGAAUCCUCACUGUGGCUUUCUUCCACCCCGGACUCGGCCCGUCUUCGCCCGGUCUGAUGCCCCGGCGUACUCGGUAACUCUUUCGUUCUCCGCAGGCUAGAAACUUGUGCGCGUUGGGCGACCGUGAAAUUCGACAAGCAAGGACAACCGCCAAUCUCUAAUACUUCUCGGUUUCAUCCGACUGAAGAUGACCUUGGCGGUUGGCACCGUGAGUGGUCUAGACCAAGGACCGAAAGGCAUCCGCAGAGAACGAGAAGCGGAGAUGAUGGAUGACAACGAGACUAUCACCGUCAACGGCGCUUCGAAAAAAAGAAAGAGGGUUCGAAAGAUCAACACAGACCGGAAAUUCGAAUGUACGUUUGAAGGUUGUGGGAAGAGCUAUUCGCGUGCGGAGCAUUUAUACCGGCAUCAGCUGAACCAUACCCCCAAGCAAAUAUAUCGAUGUGACUUUCCUGAUUGCUACCGAUCCUUCGUCCGACAAGAUCUCUGUAUCCGACACCGAGAACGUCACACCACCCAAGGCUCUCAGCUCCAAAAACGCGAUCAUUUUGCGCAAGCGGCUACCAGCAAACCUCAGACCUCCCAUCAUGUGCCUCACGUCAACCAAACGACUGUCGUCUCUCCACCGACCGCUUCUAACGGAGCCGUGCAACCUAUCCCAAUAUCUCCUUCAUCGUCUUCAUCUCCCUCCGUCGGGCUAAACUCGGUCUUUAGCUACCAACAUCAUGUCCUACCAUCGCAAAACGAAAACACUUUCCCCCGAUCCAAUAGCUUAAGCACUCACGGAAAGAGCUCUCCUCCAGAACCGACGAGUUAUAGUCCCCCAGAUCUACAUAAAUCGGCUUUUGGGUCAUUAAGUAACCCUCAUUCGACACAUGCUCCUGUUAGUGAGAUUGGUCAUGAGACACAGUCGCAUCAUUCCUUGUCCGAAUCCAAUCCAACGCCCAGUAGACAGCGCCAAAGUACUGAUGGAACGUACUCUUCACUACCAACAGAGGUCAACCGAUCGUCCCUGGCUGAUACUGUACCAUUCACCACCCAGGCUGGUCUGCAGAUGCCUGUAAAUGGUUAUCCAGGCCUUUCUAUAGCUCCUGCAGCGACUUCUACGCCAGCAGCUCUUGACCAAGCUGCCAACCUGGGCUCACUUAAUGCUAUGUCGGGAAUGAUAGCUCCGGGCUCGACAGUCGGGGACCCUGGAUUUGAUUCCCUAGCCAAUUGUGUGUACCCAAUCUUCGGCAGCGAAUCAUAUAAUAGGUCUCCUUUUGCAAUGGCGGAAGAUUUCACAGCGUGGCUUUUCAAUGAGCCUGUCCCCGGCUCGUCGUCCAUGAGCUAUCCUGCCGCGACCGGGAUGGUGCCGAACUACAUGGACCCCGCACAGCUGCAAAAUCAAUUGUUGCUAGGUGAUCCCGCCUAUGGGACGCUUCUGAGCGGUGUUAUUCCACCUCACCACCCUAUGAGCGUUACCAGCAUCCUGGAUCCUGGUUCACCCCGCGCCAUCAUGUCGGAGGAGAAGCGGCAGGAGUUACUUCACCUCAUGGCGACUCGCUUCAAUGAGGCGGCCUACUCAGCGGUAGCAAAGCGCAAAGAUGCUUUGAUGGAUGGUGACAUGGAUGAUGACAAUCAUGUUCUGAGCUUGCGCAUGAUGCAGACGUACGUCGGGUCGUACUGGUACCAUUUUCACUCACAGCUACCGAUUCUACAUCGGCCCACCUUUUCCGCCGAUCAGGCACCCAAUUUGCUUCUGCUAAUUGUUAUCGCCAUCGGCGCAUCCACAUUAGACAAGAUUCAUGGUCCAGAAUUGACCGAGUCGGCUUCCGAGUUGGCUGACUUUAUUGUGUGGCACCUCCGGUGGGAGCUCUUCAUGGACACUGAUUUCCGGCCCCCCGCCAAGCUCUGGGUGUUCCAGGCCUUAUUGCUGCUCGAGGUUUACGAGAAGAUGUAUUCUACUCGGGCACUACAUGAGCGGGCACACAUCCACCAUGACACCACCCUGACCCUGAUGCGUCGCGGCAGCUCUUUGAUUGGGCGUUCCGCAUUUGACUCCCCCGCGAGCUUAAGAGACGACCGGCAGGACCGGUCGGUAUCAUGUUCCACGUCGACACCCGACUUCGUUGCGGAUGAAUCCUGGACGCACUGGAUCAAAGCGGAGGCAACCCGGCGAGUGGCGUUUGCCGCUUUCGUUUUGGACUCCACCCAUGCCACCAUGUUCGGCCACUCGGCCAAGAUGGUCGCGCACGAGCUUCGCCUGCCCUUGCCCUGUGACGAGGCCCUGUGGUCAGCAACUAGUGCUGCUGAAGUGGCGCGUGUACAGGCUAGUCUCCAUGCCAACGGAGUGAAGCCGGUUAUGUUUUUGGAUGGCCUCAAACGGACCCUCAAUGGUCAGCGAGUUCGGACCAAUGCUUUCGGAAGGACCAUUCUCAUGGCUGGUUUGCUCAGCGUCAGCUGGCAUAUGAACCAGCGAGAUCUUCAGGUCAGUUCUUUGGGGGUCCCUCAGGCGCUAGGGGGUCGGGAUAAAUGGCGUGCUGCGCUUCUGCGAGCCUUUGACAACUGGCGACGAGAUUUCGACGAGGCCUUGGGGCAGGCCGGGACACCGCCACCUUUCCCCGGAUAUCGGGUUCAACAUCCUCUCGAUGACGACAAUGUCUUCGAAUCCCGCGACGUGCUCCAUGGCCUAGCUCAUAUGGCGUCGCAUGUCGACAUCGUUGACUGUCAAAUCCUUGGCGGGGCCACCCGCCUCAUGGGACGGGCCAUCACCGCCAGAGACUACAAUGCGGCGCGUGAGAAGAUGACGGAGCGGUGGGCCACCAAGGCGUCUGCACGGGAUGCCACUUUCUACGCGCUGAAGUUUCUCUCCGAGUGCCUGCUGAGCGGCGAGUCGGAGGAAGGGCAACUCUACUCGGGGCGUGACGACUAUCUGCUCAAUCGACCCUGGGUGAUUUACGUUGCGGCAUUGGUGGUCUGGUGCUACGGAUAUGCUCUGGAGGGGCCGAUUCGUUCUCCGCCAGCGCUCACCACAGUGGCGGACCAACGCCGGGACAUGCAGGAGUAUCUCCGGCGGGUAGGGGGCGCACGCUCGCCCAACGACCUGGAAGGGAUGAAAGGCCGCAAUCAGUGCCUGGGGCUGUUGAUAAUUCUGCGGGAUGGAUUUAUCAACACACGAUGGGAGUUGUUGGCAGAAGCGGCCAACCUGCUAACCAGUUGUAUUGAGAAAUUGAAAGGUCGAUAAGUAUUCAUUAUUUAGGGUCUUUCUUAUAUACAUGUUUAUCCUUUGUUUUCUGCGUAUAUACAGAUCCAAGGAGGGGGCUCUAUUUCUGCUUUAAGGGCUGGUCGGUAUUUAUAUCCUUCUUGUUUUGUUCUUAUGUACAUAUAUUUUGUGGUCUUUUAUGUGUUAUGAUCAUGCGGUGAUACCAAUGGGAUAGCGUUGUCUUCUGCAGGCCAAGGGUCCAGAAAAAAGUUUUACACGUUUUUACAUGUUGGAAUAGACUCUCUCGUUCCAGAGAUAAUGAACCGAACAAAGAUGUGGGCCGUGUGGGC